CGCCGGGACAUUCACGGUCGCGCCGUUUGCCAGACGUACGGGCGAAUGGUAAUGCAGUAAUGCACUUCAAAACACAAAUUCGUUAUUAAACGCGAUCUAGAUUCUAGCGCUCUAACACUUGUAAACGCAGUUUAAUGUUAAUGUGUUACGGUCGUUGCGAUUACAUUUUACAUCUUCGACAGCGUUUUAACGAUUAAUUCUAAUAGAUUGGGUAUAACUUUUUUUCUAUUUCCCGUCGUAAUUGUGUCGCUCGCGUAUUCGUACGGUGUAUAGUGAACGUCGUCGUGUCCGUACCACCCGAUCCGUCGUCGUUAUUACGGCACACUGCGCGCCAUUUGUCUCGAGCUGUAUGUGCCGUCGUAGAAAGUGGUGUCAGAUUGAAUAAUCCGGAUUGGCCUUACAGUAGGUACAUGUCGUGAUGUCAACAUAGAACGUUCGUACGCAGACUAGCUCAGCGCCUCAGCUUAGUAUUGUUGGUCUACACCUGACCGUCACAAUGCCAAGCAUCGGUGUGAACCUUCGUGUGACCGGUUACUGCAACCAAGGUGGUAGGAAAUACAUGGAAGAUAUGUUUUCGGUAGCCUACCAGCAGACACCGGACAUGAAAGAUCUGGAGUACGCCUUCUUUGGUAUAUUUGAUGGACACGGUGGUUCAGAAGCCGCUGCAUAUGCCAAAGAUCACUUGCUUGAUACCAUCAUCAAAGACGAUGCAUUCUGGUCCAAAAACGAUGAUGACGUUUUAAGAGCUAUCCGUAAUGGUUAUGUAAAUACUCAUAUUGAAAUGUGGAAAAACCUAGAAAAUUGGCCGAGAACUCCAUCUGGCUUACCUAACACAUCGGGAACCACUGCAAGUAUAGCCUUUAUAAUGAGAGGAAAAAUUUAUACUGGUCAUGUUGGUGAUAGUUGUAUAGUACUUGGUUACCAAGAUGAAGAAAACGGAGAGUGGAAAGCCAAACCAUUAACACGAGAUCAUAAACCAGAAUCUUUUGAAGAAAAAAUAAGAAUAGAAGAAUGUGGAGGCAAGGUUAUUAAUAAAUCUGGUGUUCCUCGAGUAGUAUGGAAUAGACCUCGCAUUGGUCACAAAGGUCCUGUACGUCGUUCAACUACAAUCGAUGAAAUACCGUUUUUAGCGGUAGCUCGUGCUCUAGGUGAUUUUUGGAGUUUCAAUUCAGAGCAUAAUAAAUUUGUUGUUUCUCCUGAGCCAGAUGUUGAAGUAUUCAAUGUUGAUCCUUCUAAACAUCGUUGUUUAAUAUUUGGUACUGACGGCUUAUGGAAUGUUCUUUCAGCAGAUGUUGCAAUUUCAAAUGUAUAUGCAACAGAAAAACAUAAUAUUGAAAUGAAAUCUUUAGAAAAACAAGAUUGGUUAAAUCCAUCUAAAAAUCUUGUUGAUAAGGCAAUAUUACAAUGGAAUAAAGUUAGAUUGAGGGCUGAUAACACCACAGUUAUUACAUUAAUGUUAGAUCCACCUGGUCCACCUGCUCCACAAGUACUAUUAAAACAUAAAAUGCAGACUGGUAAUAUGAAAUGUGAAGAUAAAAAUAGUUGCAAAUGUGUUGAUGGAGAUCCUCAAGUUCAAAGAUUUGGUAGAGGUACAAGUGGAGGUUAUGCCAUAUUCACUAGAUAUCCUACAGAUCAUCAUCUAAGAGCAUCAAGCGCUCAUGCUAGCACUUCUAAACCAUAUCCUACUACUCCUAUAGAAACACCGCCAAUAAAAACAAAUAAAGUACUCAGAACAUCUGCAAAAAUUAAUAAUAAUAAUAAUAACGACAACAACAAUAGCUCUAGUAAAAAAGAUGGUCAACCAGCAGAAAAAAGAUGUACGCGGACAAGCAGUGGAAGAAUUGUCAAAAAACAAAAACUAAACGAAAAGUCAACAACAAAUGAUGAGACUUCAAAAUUUGGAAAUAGUGAUUCUGAAAAUGAACAAAUGCCACGUGAACCUUGGCUGAUAUCCCCAACCAAAUCAAUUAAACCUGAAGAGACUAAAGUGGGUGUAGUAUUAAGAAGUUCUGGAAAAAUCCAAAAAGUAUGGAAAUGUAAUGACACCAAAGAAGAUUCUACUCCAACUAAGAUUACAACAAUAUCAAAAAUUAAGACACCUUUAACAGAACCAAUGACUAGAAUAUUAAGGUCACAUAAAAAAAAAGAUAGUAGAUUUAAAAAAGUUGCAUCUAGAUCAUCUUGGUCAGCGGGCAUGGUUACUCGUAGUCAUAGGAGAAGUGUUAAAUGUUAAUUAUAUAUUGUAUGAUUAAGUUCCGUUUAUUUUAAUUAAUUUUACCACAUUUUGUCAACUAUAAACAUAAACCAUUUAAUAUGUUUAUAUUUUGUGGUAUUGUUUUUAUUUUAUGUUAUUUGACAUAG